GUGAUAGAGACGGGGGCACUGGGGAGGCUGUAGCAGGCUCUGGGGAGGAGCAGCAGUGUCUCUGGCUCUAGCAGGCUGCAGGGGGCAGCGUCUCUGGCUCUAGCAGGCUCCGUGCAGGCUGGGAUGAUGCUAUCUGGUGUCAGGCUCCUGGCCUGGGGCUGGCUGCUCUUGCCUGUCUGCAGGGCGCUGGAAGACUGCGCCGCCUGCGUCUUCCCCUUCAUCUACCAGGGGCAAUCGUACCCCACGUGCACCUGGGACGGAAGCUGGGCCGGGUGGACACUAUGGUGCGCCACCACCGCCAACUACGACCAGGACUCCCGCUGGAAACGCUGCUAUGAGACGGAGUAUGGCGGCAACACAGAUGGGCAGCCCUGCGUCUUCCCCUUCGUGUACCGGGGCCGGGCGUUCUACACCUGCACCGACGAGGCCGCCAAGCCACGCAGGUUCUGGUGCGCCACCACUGGGAACUACGACCGGGACCGGCGCUGGAGCUACUGCCCUGACACCCUACUGGCUGGCAAUUCCACGGCUCCCUGCGCCUUCCCGUUCACCUACCAGAACCAGACCUACCUGGGCUGCACGGCAGAUGGGGACGCCAGCGGGAAGCCCUGGUGUUCUCUGACCAGAAACUACGACGUGGACCGGAAACGCAUGUACUGUCUGGACUCAGAUGGGCGCCCACCUGAUGCAGCAGAGACCCCAGCCCUGGCCUUGCUCCCCUCACCUUUCUCCAGAGCUGGCAGGCGGGGAGCAGAGCAGGGCUGGAGGGGGAGGAAGAGACGCUGGGCGAGAAGAUCCACGGGCCAGUCAAGAUCCAGCCGUUAACACGCGUGAUGUGGCUGCGUGGCUACUCCAGAAACCCCCACCCCCACCCGGAGCCAUGAAAGCCUAGAGAAAAGGGUGUUAAAAUCCAGCCUCUCGCAGCCUGCAUUUUGCUGGGCUUUGCUCCUGUCCCCGGCUUUUUACCUACAUCCCGUACGACCCAGUCCUGCUCCCCCCGGCAGCCACACGCCCCCUGCAUCCAGCUCCUGUGCUCACACAGACCCUCAGUGCCCCCCGCUCUAUGGACAGCUGGGCCCUGCCUGGGCGUCUGGGGACGUGGCUCUGCCCGGGCAGACCUGAGGGCACUGUGAGGGGCUGGCGUGGACUGACUUGUGAACUCUGCUACUGCACUGGCACUGCCAUGGCGAGGGGCCGGCUGAUCAUCCCAACUCCCCCCGGCCCUGGGGCCUGUCCUGGGAAUUCACCUGCCCCCGGGGGGAGGGAGCUUCGAGUCAUGGGUGGCUGCGUCAUGCUCGGGGCCAGUGGUGAUUGCACAUCUCUGCCUCUGCUUCCCUCGGCCAGUCACAGCAAAGGUCUCUGGCUGGAGGCCCCUUUGCUCUGCCCCCUGCUGGUGUCAGCCCAAAUCCCGGCCCAGAGCGAUACCCGCGCAGAGAUGGAGGCCAGCCGGCAGCCGGCUCCUGCCAAGAGACCCAGUCGGCAGAGUGGAGAGAGUGAUGCACCGAGCCGAGCCUGGACACAGACUGAGCCCCCCACGGCGACCAAGGGGAGAGGGAGGCCCCGGUGGGUAAAGCCUGUCCUGUGAUUGGGGGGCACCAAUCAGCCCCCCUGGCUAACAGGGAUGGAGGAAGCGACAAUUGCCCCCUGCGAUGGGUGUAUAGAAAGUCAUAACCAAUGUGGUUUCUGUGCUAGUCCGUCUCCCCCGCGGCCGUCAGUAUCACUGCCCUUGGGUGUGGCCAGCCCCCUUUGGACUCCCGUUUGCCCAUUAAGAGACUGGCCCUGGGCCGUGUUCGCCCCGUGGUUUGAUGCUGCAGACGAUUUAACGCAGGUGUCGCUGCGUGCUCAUGUCACCAGCUGUGCUUUGCCGUUGGGGCUGGGCUGGUUGGACCCUUUGUUAGCUGGGGAGGGUUUGCAGGAGUUUCCCCUCCGCGCCGUGUCGUUCGGAUUUGGUUUUUCUUUGCUCGUUAGCUGAAUAAAAUCUCCAGCGCA